AUGGCUUCUUCCUCUUCCUUAGGACCGUUUUCUCCUUCGCCACCGUCUUUAAUUCCAGUGAUGAAAGAGGGAGAGUGUAGAAACUGGGCGGAACUUCCGUCUGAAUUAACGUCAUCGAUCCUACGCAGGCUUGACUCGAUUGAUUUAUUAGAGAAUGCUCAGAAAGUGUGUACAUCAUGGUAUCGUGUCUGUAAAGACCCUGAGAUGUGGCGUAAGAUAGACAUGCGUAACUCUGGAAACUUGGGGUUGAACCUCGAGACCAUGUGCCGUCAUGCAGUGGAUCGUAGCAAAGGAGGACUGGUUGAGAUUGACAUUUGGCAUUUCGGUACUGAUUCUCUCCUCAACUACAUUGCUGAUAGUUCAAGUAACCUGAACAGCCUUAGACUUGCAAUCUGCUCUUUAACAACAACCGAUGGACUUACCGAAGCAAUUGUGAAGAUUCCAUUGCUUGAAGAACUCGAGGUCUCAUACUGCUCAUUGUCCGCAGAGUCUCUGAAAGUUGUAGGCCAGUCUUGUCCUAAUCUGAAGACACUGAAGCUAAACCGCGAGGCAUUCAGCCGUUUUCAUUACGUGAGUGAUGAUGAUGCUCUUGCAAUCGCUGAAACGAUGCCUAGACUUAGCCACCUCCAGCUUUUCGGAAACAAAUUAUCAGACGCUGGUUUAAACGCCAUUCUUGAUAACUGCCCUGAUCUGGAGCAUCUGGAUCUACGUCGUUGUUACAACCUUAACCUUUUUGGAGAUCUGAAGAAGCGUUGUUCCGAAAGGGUCAAAGUUUUGAGAGGAACUUAUGACUUGAUUUGGGAUUACCCAUAUGAUGAGUCUGUUAUCUGUAAGGAAACGUAUCAAGAUCCUUAUUCUGAGUAUUAUUCUUAUGACAGUUCAAGUGACAGUGACUAUUCUGACUAUGAUUACGACUCGUAUUAUAAUGAUGAUGUGUAUGAUCCUUUUAAGAAAAAAAUGGCAUCUUCUUCUUCCUACUCUCCGCCACUAUCUGCUUCCGUGCCUCAGCUGAUGAAACGCGAAGAGCCAAUAAGAAACUGGUCGGAGCUUCCGCCGGAACUGAUUUCAUCGAUCCUACUCCGACUUAACUCGAUUGAGAUACUCGAAAAAGCUCAGAAAGUGUGCAGGUCAUGGCGCCGCGUCUGUAAAGACCCCUCAAUGUGGAGGAAGAUUGACAUGUACAACGACGGAGACUUGGGAAGCAUGGGGUACGAUCUGGAGAUAAUGUGCCGUCAAACAGUGGAUCGUAGCCAGGGAGGCUUGCUUGAGAUCGACUUGUGGUACUUUGGUACUGAUAAGCUACCCAAUUACAUAGCAGACAGGUCAAGUAAUCUGAGAAGCCUUAGACUGAUAAUGUGCUAUCCAAUAGCAGACGAGGGAUUUGUAGAAGCAGUUGCGAAGCUGCCAUUGCUUGAAUACCUCGAGAUUACAUACGGAUCAUUGUCAGGAGAGUCUCUGAAAGUUGCAGGACAGUCUUGUCCGAACCUGAAGACAUUGAGGCUAAACUCCGAACCUGACCCCAAGUUUUAUGACGAAGAGUGUAAUGACGAAGAAGCUCUAGGGAUUGCGGAAAGUAUGCCCGAACUACGCCACCUCCAGCUCUUUGGGAACAUACUUACCAACACGGGCUUGACCGCCAUUCUUGAUGGUUGUCCACUUCUGGAACACCUUGAUUUACGCAAGUGUUUCAACAUAAGACUUGAAGGGGAUCUGGAGAAGAGAUGUUCCGAGAGGAUCAAAGAGUUGAAACGCCCGGAUGACUCAACCGCUGGUCACCCAUAUGGAUUUAACAUCGAGGAUUUAUCAGGUCCCAGAGGCUAUUAUUGGGAUGAGUUCUAG